CACGAGUGCGUGGAGAAGCUCAACAUGCAUGCCAUCCUGAGCGCCUCCGCGGGCCAGGAGCAGCUCUUCACCGAGCUGCUGGUCGCCUAUGCCAAGAUUCCUGUUCUCAUUGGGGAGCUGAUCUCUGUGGAGAUCUGGAAGCACAAGAUCUUUCCUGUGCUGUGCCGGCUAGAGGACUUCAAGCCGAGAAGCACCUUCCCCAUCUAUGUGGUGCUGCAUCAUGAAGCCUCCAUCAUUAACCUCUUGGAGACAGUGUUUUUUUACAAGGAGAUCUGCGAGUCAGCAGAGGACAGCAUUCUGGAUUUAAUUGAUUAUUGCCACCGAAAACUGACCCUGCUCGCAGCUCGGAGUGCCAACGGACAGACAGUGGCCCCAGUGGAGCUUCGUCCCGAGGAUCUGGCCAGCCCCUCGUCCAUGCAGGAGCUGCAGAAGCAGGCGGAGAUGAUGGAGUUUGAGAUUUCCCUGAAAGCCCUGUCCGUGCUGAGGUUCAUCACCGAUCAUGUGGAGAGUCUGUCCCUGAGCGCGCUGACACGAAUGCUGAACACCCACAACCUGCCCUGCCUCCUUGUCGAGCUGGUGGAGCAUUGCCCCUGGAGCUGCCGUGAAGCAGGCAAGCUCAAGAAGUUUGAGAAUGGCGCGUGGCACGUGGUGCCCCCUGAAGACCAGGUGAAGAUGACCAAACUCGAUGGGCAGGUGUGGCUUGCCCUCCUCAACCUCCUGCUCAGCCCAGAAUGCCAGCGCAAAUACCACUUCGAUGGCUUCAACAAGAGCCAGCUCCUCAAGCUCCGUGUGUUCCUGACGGAUGUCCUCAUUGACCAGCUGCCUAACCUGGUAGAGAUGCAGAGAUUUCUGAGCCACCUCGCGGUGAUAGAGCCAGCUCCCCCCAAAAAGGAUCUUGUCCGGGAGCAGGUUCCCGUCAUCUGGGACCACAUCCUCAAGAAAAAUGCGGGGAAGUGGGAAGCCAUCGCCAAGCACCAGGUGAAGCGUGUCUUCAGCCCCACCGAGGAGGAGCUGAAGCUCCAGGCACGCAGGUGGGCACAGACCUAUAGCCUGGACAUGAUGGAGGCUCUGGCCCCUGACAAGCCCCGCUGCAGUGUGUGCGGCGUAGAGGCAGCCAAGCGGU